UGAGUUAUGUAACGGAGCUGCGCGCUCUCGUAAGCCGAAGCCCAAUGGGGAAGCGGCUUAAGGGGGAGGGGAAAGCAGAGCGUGCGCGCUCUCGCAAGCCAAGGCGCGGCCCCGCGGCAUUGCGUGCGCGUUCAUUCGCCCCCUCCCCCAGUCUUUCUGUCUCGGCCGUUGCGGUCGCUUUUUCAUCUUUCCGUCUCCCCACUUGCUCUGAGGUGCUUGGAGCGGAGCGGACCCCGUCGAGUCGCUAUGGCUGACGAGAAGCCCAAGGAAGGAGUGAAGACUGAAAAUAACGAUCAUAUUAAUCUGAAGGUUGCAGGGCAAGAUGGAUCUGUGGUGCAAUUUAAGAUUAAAAGGCAUACACCACUUAGCAAACUAAUGAAAGCUUAUUGUGAACGACAGGGUUUGUCAAUGAGGCAAAUCAGAUUCCGGUUUGAUGGGCAACCAAUCAAUGAAACAGAUACACCUGCACAGUUGGAAAUGGAGGAUGAAGAUACAAUUGAUGUGUUCCAGCAGCAGACAGGAGGCAUGAACUAAAAGAAAAAACCAAACUUCCUUUCCCACAGGCAACAUAUUCACAGUUAGAAAAAAAGAGACCUGAUUCAGCCACAUCUUGACUACUGCAGUAUAGCUUUCUCUCUUCUUUGAUUUCUUUUCUUAUUCCUUCUAUUGUACAUAAAGUAACUGGUGUAUGUGCACAGACAUGCAUAUUUUUUUUAACUAAAUAGCCAAUUGUGUUUUGAUCAACAUCAUAUGGAGAAAGGGUGGUAAAAACAAUCUGGUCUUGAAAACAUCCCAUUUCUCCACUUGUGGCAUGCUCCUCUAACUUUUAUCUUUAUAUUCCAGUAAGUUAUUUUUGCUCUCAUUGUUGGAAAAAAACAAAAAAAAACUUACAUACUUUGUUUGAUUGGACAAUUUCAUUGUUUUUCUUUUAUCGUUGUACAACCAAGGACAAUUUUAUAACUUUUUUGUACGUAGCUGUUACAUGUAGAGCAAUCUGUCUUUAAGUAGGGGUAAAUUACUCUAAAACAAAAGUUUGAUCCUGGAUAGUUUUCCCUUCCGUCUUGUUGUUUAAAUAAACUUCUUGUUUAAAAUAAAA